AUGGCCUUUCUCGAGGCAUAUCAAAGCGAAACGUGCAUAUGGAACCCGAAGGAUAUGGACCACAAAGAUAAAAAAAAAGUGGCAGACGCUUGGUCUCGAAUUAGUCACGAUUUAAAAAAGCCAGUUAAAGAACUGAAGGCGAAAAAAGAAAUUCUAAUGACAACCUUUCGUAAACACUUUAAAAAAAAACAAGACUCCAUUCGUUCUGGUGCCGGUACAGAAGAUAUAUACAAACCCUGUUGGUUCGCAUUUGAAUUCAUGGAAUCAUUUUUAGUUCCAGUAUAUACCUGCAAGUAUACUUUGAAUACCGAAACGCAAUCACAACGGGAUAUUGAUGAAAUUGGCAAUGAACCUGGAGAUGGAGAGAUGGACAACGAUCAGGAUAAUGAAACUCCCAACACAUCUUCACGUACACCCACAUUCACACAGAAGUCGCGUCGUCGUCCUGCUCCAGACCUGGCUGAACAGCAAAUGGCUGCUGCAUUUAGCCAACUUACAAAUGUUUUAGGUCGAAAAUCGGAGCGUCCACCUCAAUCCGAGGAAGAUGAAUGCGACCUUUAUGGCAAGCUUUUAGCGAAAAAGCUUCGAGAGCUACCUAAAGACGACAGACAAAUUAUAAUGUAUCAAAUUGAUGGCUUAUUUAUAAAUCGAUUACAGUUGAAUCGAGAAACACCAUCACCACAAUAUUCCUUCACCAGAUAUUCAUCCAAUUCAAAUGUUCAUCGACCUACAUCUACUCAGUCAGCUUAUUCAGAACCCUAUACAAUUAGUCAUCGGCCUUCAUCUACCCAGUCAUUUUAUUCAGAACCCUAUACAAGUGUGACAGCUCCAAAGCGACCAUUCCCCUCUGAAAACUUACAUUCUGUUCCCUUGCAUGCGAAGCUCGUCCCAAAAUAUCGAAGAACUUCUUCUGUGCUGCCACCACCGCCUCAAAAUGCACAAGAAAUCGACGAUAACAUAACUUAUGCUAUUAUUGAUCGACCUCCAGAAAAUGACGAUAACAUAAUAACUUUGUACUCAGACCAACUUAACUCUUCGAAUCUUCAAAACUCAAAAAUCAGUGUUACAUCUGAUCAGAUAAUCGUACCUUCAUCUGGACAGAAUAUUAUCAACGAAGCUUUAUGUAGUGCUUUAAAUGAUUUUGACGGAGAAGAAAAUUAA